GGUGGCGAGUUCUCACUCGCACAAAUGGUUGAUUCCGGAGGAACCUUUGGUGUGAGAUACAGUUUAUACACGGACAUUGUAACAAGACGGACCAAACCAGCGGUCUGGCGACAUGGAAGUGAAAAACGCUAACGCUGCCAUGCUCAGUAACUAUGAGGUUUUCAGACUCCUGACAGACCUGAAGCAGCAGAGAAAAGACAGUGGCAAAAGCAAGCACAGUGCAGGGCAGCAGAACCUAAACACCAUCAUGUAUGAGACACUGAAGUACCUGUCCAGCACACCCUGCAGCAGACAGAAUCCAGAGAUUGUCAAAGAGUUCCUCACCACCAUGAUGCCUCACAAACUUACAAAGGCUGAGAAGCUGCAGCUAUUGAACCACCGCCCACAGACAGCAGUGGAGAUUCAGCUAAUGGUAGAAGAGAGCGAAGAGCGGUUAUCAGAGGAGCAGAUUGAGGAGCUCAUCCAGACAGUUGCAGACGUCCUACCUGGGGAUCCAGAGCAGGAAAAUGCAGCUCCAGCAGAUGCAGAGAUGGGUGAAGCUGGCGAGCAGUCAUGAGAGGUCACAGGUGCCCAAACUGGAGUGGAGCAAGGACCGGAGUGAGAGCUUGUGUGUGUGUGUGUGUGUGUGUGUGUGUGUGUGUGUGUGUGUGUGUGUGUGUGUGUGUGUGUGUGUGUGUGUGUGUGUGUGUGUGUGUGUGUGUGUUUGCAUCCUGGCCACAGCUAAGAGGCCCCUGUUUCCUCUGAAAUGGCUUGUUCAAUUAAAAUGAUCAUGAAUCAUUUUAUGACUGCAAGAUGAGUAGAUAAUGACAUUUCUGUGUGUACAUGAAACUGGAUUCAAAUCCAUUGCGUCACACUUUUUCACUUGAAAUAUAUUUGACCAGCUUUAUCUUUAUCUGACUCGUCUAAUUUGUAUUUCACAAUGUAUAUUAUUUUUACAGAAACAAUCUCCUGUUACGUUGUAUAUUUUUGGUUUAUUACUCACUGUUCUUGUUAUGGUGCAUAGAAAAAGUUUUUUGGCUUCUUAUAUUUGCUAAGUAGAUUUCAGAGCUGUCAUGUCUGUCAUUCAUGCAAAUAAAUACAGUUCACACAUCAUUAUUACAGUGGCUGUGUAAUUAGUGGGAGCAAAAGGUGAUUGUUGUCAUGUAUUCAGUGGACGAAAUAAAAUAAAAUUUUUAAAUUA